AUGUUUCGCAGUCUGAAUCUCCAUAGUCCCUUACUGUACUAUUCAACAUUAGCUCCCAAGAUUUCAAGUACAGAUAGAGUUGUUAGUGCUUGUGCUCGUACUGCGAAAGCAAACUGGUGUAUCACGAAGUUAAGUAGGGAAGGGAAGCUAAAUGAAGCACGUGAAGUUUUUGAUCAAAUGCAUAACAGAGAUGUAAUAACAUGGACGACAGUGAUUAGUGGAUAUAUCAAAUCUGGAUGGAUUGAGGAGGCAAGAAUGCUUUUUGAUAGAGAUGAUGCGAUAAAGGAUGUGGUCACAUGGACUGCAAUGGUUAAUGGGUAUUUGAAACUGAAUCUCAAGUUAGAGGCAGAGAAAUUGUUCAUGGCAAUGCCAUCAAAGAAUGUUAUUGCAUGGAACACCAUGAUUGGUGGGUAUAUGCAUGUUGGUGAAAUAGAUAAAGGGCUUGAUUUAUUCAUGAAAAUGCCCGAGAGAAAUGUGGUUUCAUGGAAUUUGGUUAUUACUGCAUUGACAGAAUAUAGGAGGGUGGAGGAGGCAAAAAUAUUAUUUGAAAAAAUUCCUCAGAAGGAUGUGGUUUCAUGGACAACAAUGGUGGCUGGUUUGGCAAAGAAUGAGAGAAUUGAUGAGGCCAGGGAGUUAUUUGAAAGAAUGUCAGAGAGAAAUGUGGUGACGUGGAAUGCAAUGAUCACAGGAUAUGCGAAGAAUAUGAGAUUAGAUGAGGCUUUUGUAUUAUUUGAAAUGAUGCCUGCUAAAGAUAUAGCCUCAUGGAACACAAUGAUCACAGGUUUUAUUCAAACUGGUGAGUUGGAGAGGGCGAGGAAGUUGUUUGUUGAGAUGCCCGAAAAGAAUGUGGUUUCAUGGACAGCAUUGAUUACGGGAUGUGUCCAAUUGAAGGAAAGUGAAUCGGCAUUGAUAAUCUUCGCUGAAAUGAUCAGAGAUGGUAAUGUAAAGCCCAACGAGGCAACUUUUGUUAACAUUUUGAGUGCAUGUAGUGACCUAGCCGGUCUUAGUGAGGGACAGCAAGUUCACCAAAUAAUUAGUAAAAGUAUCUUGCAGCAUAGGGCAUUUGUUGUGUCGGCAUUGAUAAAUAUGUAUUCAAAGUGCGGGGAGCUUGGUAUUUCUCAGAAGAUAUUUGAUGAUACAGCAGUUAAUCAAAGGGAUUUGAUUUCUUGGAAUUGUAUGAUUGCUGCCUAUGCUCACCACGGAUGUGGAAGGGAAGCGAUUAUAUUGUUCGAUCAAAUGCAAAAAUCUGGGUUUAAGCCUAAUGAUGUUAGCUACGUGGCAUUACUUUCUGCAUGUGUGCAUGCUGGAUUAGUGGAGCAAGGUCUGAAGUACUUUCAGGAGCUUCUCAGUGACGGGUCGAUACAAGUAAGAGAGGAUCAUCAUACAUGUUUAGUUGAUCUAUGUGGUCGGGCUGGAAGGUUGGAGGAGGCGUAUGAUUUUGUCAGGAAACUCAGUCCUAAGGAGUCAUCUUCAAUAUGGGGAUCGCUGCUUGCAUCGUGUACUAUCCAUGGGGAUCUGAGGAUAGGAAGGCUGGUUGCUGAAAGGCUUUUAGUUGAGAGGCCAAAGAAUGCCGGCUCAUUUUGGCUCAUGUCAAACAUGUAUGCUUCUGUUGGUAAAUGGAAAGAAGUUGAAAGAUUGAGAUUGGAAGUGAAGGAUAAAGGCUUAAAGAAGCAGCCUGGAUGUAGUUGGCUGGAAGUUGGGAAUAAGGAAUGCUGCUUGACGAAGAUGCUCAAAGUUCCUAUUGUGAUAUCACUAAGCCGGCAAUAUGCUGACCUGAUACAUUUUCUUAUUGUUUACGUUGUAGAGGAUGAGCAAAUUCAACCUGUGCUUUUGAAGGAGCAACCUAAAAGCAAAUGGGAUGAUGAAGAUGUGGAUGAAGAUGAGAUAAAGGAAUCAUGGGAAGAUGAAGAUGAAUCACCCACGGUGCCUGCAUCAAAACCUGUGCCAGAAAAGGUCCCCAAGAAGCCUGUGUUAAAGUCUACAAAAGAAAAAACUGUUGAACCAGCAAAGGAAGAGCCACCACUAGACCCCGUAGCAGAAAAGCUUCGCCAGCAAAGGCUCGUGGAAGAAGCUGACUACCGGAACACUAAGGAAUUGUUUGGUUCAAAGUCGAGCACCAAUGAAAAGAACAUUGAUAAUUUCAUCCCCAAAUCAGAAAGUGACUUCUUGGAGUACGCAGAGCUCAUUUCCCAAAGGCUCCGCCUGUAUGAGAAAAGCUACCAUUUUAUCUCUCUGCUCAAAACUGUGAUGAGACACUCAAUGACUAGUUUGAAAGCAGCAGAUGCAAAAGAGGUGGCGUCUUCAGUUACUGCAAUUGCAAAUGAAAAGCUCAAAGCAGAGAAAGAAGCCAAUGCUGGCAAAAAGAAGACAGGUGGGAAGAAGAAGCAGUUGCAUGUGGAUAAGCCGGAUGAUGAUAUUGUGGUGACGGGAUAUGAUGCGCUUGAUGAUUAUGAUUUCAUGUGA